ACCCGAUACGUUAUUUAUGCGAUGCUUGCAGCCACGUUACAGUUUUUACAAAUAUGUAACUCACUCUGAUCGCUUGCUUAGACUGUCUUGCUUCCACAAGCUUCUUUAUUUUCUUCUGUCGUUAACUUAGCUUUUCACCAGCUGAAGUCCCCGCGAGACGCCCAGCCUCUCCCAGCUGACCCGGCACGCGUCCGGCGGCGGGACCCAGCAAGCUCCAGCCGAGCGUUUGAUGCCGUUGCUUAGCAACGAGGGAAACUUCGCUGUUUUCGGGAGGCUGUCGGGUCGAGUUCGAGCGACCGCCAAGGUCAUUUUUAAUAUUGCGGAGUAUAUGUCUUAUAACUUUUAGCGUAUUUAAACAAUGUCGAGAGCAGCUGCAAAGAAAAGAGAGAACUCUUCCAGUCGAGUGGCUUCAUCCCAAGGCCUGGCGUCGUUUAAAGAAGCAUCGUCUCUGCUGGCCAGCGCCUCCGAGGGAUCAGGGGAGCCCCGGAAGGGUCGGUGUUCGGUCUGGCCCGAGUGGAAUGACGCCGAGAUCAAUUCGGAGAAGUGGGAUAGUACCAAGGGCUCCAGAGAUGGAAAGGCAGGGAAAAGUCUGUCUCUGCCUGUCUUCGAGGACCCAGAGGGGAAGAUCGAGCUGCCCGGGUCCCUGAGGGUCUGCUCCUGGAGCCGCCCGCUCGACUUCAUUGCCCCCAAGCCACCUGUUGUGGUGGAGAAUGAAUCCACCUUUGACAUCACGUCCGCCAAUGAGCAUUUACUGUGCAGCGAGCUCAUAAGGCGGAUAAUCAGCGAAAUCUACAUCGUGUGGAAAGUCUGCAGCAGAGGUGCCAAGGAGGGCGAGUCGGAUUCACCGGAGCCCCGUGACCAUGCAUGGAGCCCGUGGGAACACAUCUACUCUCUCUGCAAGGCAUCCAAAGGCCACAUGCCCCUCUACAACCCCUACGGGAAGUACGUGAUUCGGCUCUUUUGGAUGGGCUGCUGGAGAAAGAUCACCGUGGAUGACCUGCUUCCCUUUGAUGAGGAGAACAGGCUGCUGCUUCCCGCCAGCACCGUGCAUUUCGAGCUGUGGCCGAUGCUUCUGGCUAAAGGCAUCAUCAAGCUGGCGAACACCGAAGUGGGCCCAGGCCAGGCCCGGGAGAUGGCCGACUUCAGCACCGUGCACGCGCUCACCGGCUGGCUCCCCGAGGUCAUCCCGCUGCAGACUGGGUACCUCAGUAAAUUGUGGGAAUUCCUGACGGAGAGCGUCCCGAAGUUUCAGCAGGCAGAGCGGCCAGAGGAGGCCCCAUCGCCGAAGGAGGCGGCUGGGAGGCGGAGCUCCACGCAGAGUGAGCGCCAGAGCCAGUCGCCGACGGAAAACAGAGGCUCAGACGCAACGGGAGCAUGCACACAAGCACUAGUGCCGCAGAUAGUGAUCUGUGCCAGCUACCAGCCGAACUACCUGCUGGAGAAGACUUCAGUAUUGGGGCAGAUGGCAGACUCCUCGGAGAAGCUGAGGCGAUAUGGUCUGUCUCAGUUACACAGCCACACAGUGCUGGUGACCAGAACGAGAGCCUGUCCCCUUAUCGCCCCACCCAAACCUCCACCUGUUCCACGAUGGAAACUUGUGCGGCUGAGGAAGCAGAUGAUGCCAACCGACGAGCCCAAAGAAACGCCCGUUCUGAAACCUGAUCAGUUCAUUGAGAUCUCAAGCCCCUUUCUGAAUAGACUAACAGCAAUCGGUAAUCCAGAGGUACGCAGCUGCAGCUCCACCCUCACCUCCUUCUCCGAGCUGGAGGAGCCAGAGGAUCAAGACCUCCCACACGUGGGGGGUGCCGGCACAUCGGACACCAUGGAGGGAACGGCGGCAGAAGACAGGAGCGGAGAGGAGAAUGCUGGCAGCGUUCCCGCAGAUCCAGAACGCCACGAUUCUUCAUCUACAGCAGAAAAGUCCAAGUGGACCAAGGGGAUGAAUCCAGUGGAGGCCACACUGCAGGAGACCUGGCUUGAUCUGGAUGACUUCGUCAAGUGCUUCCAGAUACUCCUGGUUUUUCAUAAGCCUGACACAUACACUAAUUGCUACCAGAAGUCCAGUUUUAAGAGCACCUCUGCCUCCAAGGCACCGUCUACAAGCCUGUCGACGGCCAGCGCUCAAGCCGUGCCCGUCAAACCGCAGGCGGCGUCUUGGUCAGCAGAUGACAAGGGGAUCCUCUUCCUGCUCGUGGACAGUCUGCUGCCUUCCCAAAUCUUGAUAAGCUUCUCGUCGCUGGCCCACUGGGGCGGGACCCCAGAUGAAAGGAAGUACGCUUCAUGUCAGCCUGGGCUCCUGCUGGCCAGGCCGUUCUCCUGGAAGACCGUACAGUUUCAGCUGCCUGUCCUGAACAUCCAGACAACAUCCACCAAGGCAGCCCUGUUAUCCCUUCCGCCUGGGCGCCGGGUGCUGCGUCUGACCAUCCAGGCUCCUCUGGCCUAUCAUGUCACCCUGUGCAGCGCGGCGCCGUUCCUGUGCGAAGACGAGGAUGCCGUCAUGGCACACCUGAGCAAGGACAGCGUUCGGUUCAGGGAGCAGGCUGCACUGGUCCUGGGGGCCCUGAGCAGAGCGGUGAGCGUGUUUAGCAAUGCAAGUGAGCUUCCGGCCACCAUGAAGGAGCUGGGCUUGGCCUGCCGGCCUCCGCUGCUGCAGGGAGGGGGCUGCGGGGAGCAUGCCCAGGUGUUUAGCGACGCAGUUUUCCACAUGGUGACCGUAGCGCUGAACCGGAAGCUGACCGCAGAGGAGGCGUUUGCUCUCCAGGCCCUGCUUAGGGACCCCUCGGCUGGGACUGGUUUCCUGGAGCACAGUGCAUCCUCUGGUGUAGAGAUCCCAGAGCCGUGGAGGAGCAGAGAGGCCACAGCGAAGGAGACGGCGGCCGCCAGCGUCCUGCAAGCCGGCUGGAAGGGGCUGCACGUGCGGGAGGUCAUUCGUGCCUCCCGGCCAGGUAUGGCGGAGAAUGCUGGCAUUUCGAAGACGCUGCGUGACAUCUGGGCUCUCGUGGAAUCGGACGGGGAGAAGCACGCCGCGUCGUUGCUGAGGCACAUUUUCAGCAGCAGCGAGAAGAUGGCGGUGCUCUACCCAUGUUACGAGGACGAGCCGAGCCGCGUUCUAUUCACCGAAUACUCUGUAGCUGUUCCGGAGCAGCCCGCUCACUCCUGGGGCCUCGUCUUCCGAGAGGUGUUUUUUGUCCACGCGGACGUGCUGCUGGAGCCGAAGAUGUACGCGCCCUUCGCGGCCUGCGUCCUGCACGUCAUCGACAAUGACUCCGGCGACGAGGUGCCUCGGGUCUUUCAGGAGGUGGAGCCUCACGUCUACAGGCCAAACCAGAGGGGGUACACCUUUGUGGCUGAAGCCCAGUUCGGGGAUACGCCCCCUGCUGCUGGGAGGUGGAGAAUGCGACUGAUCCGGUCAUGUGACCCGCCUGCCAAGCUCAACAGGGACACGCCGCUCUGCAGCUUUGCCACCAAGGAGUUCAGGGACUAUUACAUUCCUGAUGACAGGAAUAUAAUAUGCAGAUUUUCGGUGAAGGUGACGAGGGAUCACGUCGGCACGGUUCAGGUCCAGAUGACGGAGCCUGACAUCUACGUGAAGCUGACGGUCCUGGACUGCGAGGAGGAGGUGGCCAGCGCCACAGGGAGGGCCCAGGCCAUUGUCCCCGUCUUCCGCUUUUUACCCAACGAGCCCCCUAAGCCGCCCCCUGGAGGCCAGGGCAGCUCGGUCGUCAGUCAGAGUGGCGGGCCGCUGACAGCCGCAUCCCGCGGCCUUGGGGAGGAUGUGGCGUCCAGUCAGCUCCCGACCGCUGACAACCAGCUGACCCAGCCAAUGAGUCACAAGUACAUCAUCCAGGCAGAGGUGCUGCAUAAAAGCAGGUCACAGUACGAGAAGGCGGUGGCUUCACAAGAGAAGGACUGGACGACAGCCAUUGUGGAGAAGCAGGAGGAGCAGGUGGCGGCAGCGAGCACGGAGACGGCGAGCGGCGAGGGGCAGAAGGCCAGCACUCCCAGAUCCAGCCGCAGGACCAAGGAGAAGGAGAAGAGCAAGGCCGCUCCGAAGGCAGGUCUCAGGCAGGGCAGCCAGAUCCUGGACGUGAGCAGGCCCCAGUGGAGCCUCCGCUUUGUGAGCGAUCAGAGCGAGGCCGACUCCGUCCAGGUCAGCAAGGACACGGGGAGAGCGGACGAGAUCAAGGCCAUGAAGAAAGCGUGGGAGGCGGUGGACCCGGGCCGGUCCCUCAAGGCACAGCAAGUCCGUCUUCAGUUCAUCAGCAAACACUUGGGCCGGGGGGAGGCUGGAGAGACUGUGGAUGAGGAGGCCGGUGCAGAAGGUGUGGAAAAAGAAGAGGUGUUUUUUGUCCACGCGGACGUGCUGCUGGAGCCGAAGAUGUACGCGCCCUUCGCGGCCUGCGUCCUGCACGUCAUCGACAAUGACUCCGGCGACGAGGUGCCUCGGGUCUUUCAGGAGGUGGAGCCUCACGUCUACAGGCCAAACCAGAGGGGGUACACCUUUGUGGCUGAAGCCCAGUUCGGGGAUACGCCCCCUGCUGCUGGGAGGUGGAGAAUGCGACUGAUCCGGUCAUGUGACCCGCCUGCCAAGCUCAACAGGGACACGCCGCUCUGCAGCUUUGCCACCAAGGAGUUCAGGGACUAUUACAUUCCUGAUGACAGGAAUAUAAUAUGCAGAUUUUCGGUGAAGGUGACGAGGGAUCACGUUGGCACGGUUCAGGUCCAGGUGACGGAGCCUGACAUCUACGUGAAGCUGACGGUCCUGGACUGCGAGGAGGAGGUGGCCAGCGCCACAGGGAGGGCCCUGGCCAUUGUCCCCGUCUUCCGCUUUUUACCCAACGAGCCCCCUAAGCCGCCCCCUGGAGGCCAGGGCAGCUCGGUCGUCAGUCAGAGUGGCGGGCCGCUGACAGCCGCAUCCCGCGGCCUUGGGGAGGAUGUGGCGUCCAGUCAGCUCCCGACCGCUGACAACCAGCUGACCCAGCCAAUGAGUCACAAGUACAUCAUCCAGGCAGAGGUGCUGCAUAAAAGCAGGUCACAGUACGAGAAGGCGGUGGCUUCACAAGAGAAGGACUGGACGACAGCCAUUGUGGAGAAGCAGGAGGAGCAGGUGGCGGCAGCGAGCACGGAGACGGCGAGCGGCGAGGGGCAGAAGGCCAGCACUCCCAGAUCCAGCCGCAGGACCAAGGAGAAGGAGAAGAGCAAGGCCGCUCCGAAGGCAGGUCUCAGGCAGGGCAGCCAGAUCCUGGACGUGAGCAGGCCCCAGUGGAGCCUCCGCUUUGUGAGCGAUCAGAGCGAGGCCGACUCCGUCCAGGUCAGCAAGGACACGGGGAGAGCGGACGAGAUCAAGGCCAUGAAGAAAGCGUGGGAGGCGGUGGACCCGGGCCGGUCCCUCAAGGCACAGCAAGUCCGUCUUCAGUUCAUCAGCAAACACUUGGGCCGGGGGGAGGCUGGAGAGACUGUGGAUGAGGAGGCCGGUGCAGAAGCAGGCGCCCCAGAUGUUCUUCUGAGUCCCUCCUCGACAGACGUGGUCCGGCCCUGCCAGACAGAUCCACCCCAGCCCUCUGCCCACACACCCGUAGCCGUCACGCCCUUCAUCGGCUCCGAUGUCCUCUCUGACAGCUGGAAGCCCGGGGCAGGGGAGCACAGGAAGCCCAAGGCAGAGCACAUCCAGAGCUUCCGGCUGGUCCGUGACAUCAUCCUCGAGCACAGGAGGCAGGAGAAGGACAGCCGGAACGCGUUAAAACGGAGGCAGGUGGAGAUGUACGAUGAGCUGCAGAUUCUCCUCAACGAGCAGCGGCUGAAGACACUCAAGGCAAGGGAGGGUUACUGGAGCCCACGGCGGGAGGCGGAGCUGAGGCAGAAGGAGGCAGAGCUGGUCACGGCUCAGCAGGCGGAGCCCAGCAAGGGCCCGCCCUCAGCUCAGCCCCUCCCCAAGAGCACCACGAGGGCCAAAAGCGCAAGCAAGAGGAAGUAACACAUCACAGGAGCCAGGGUCCUGCAGGGAAACUUUGUCCAGACUUGAGGAUGAUGCAGCAGCUCGGCCAUGUCAAACCUACACUUUGUACACAUUGCCUUCUGCUUUGCUCUCUUCCACUCUGUCCUUUAAUAGGAUCCCUUGUUAUGCUCAAAACAAAUACAGGUACUUGCCCAAACCCUCCACUGGGUAGCUGCCAGACCCAGUUCGUACACCUGCUGUCUGAGUCUGACCCGCCCACCCCUUUAACACCCAUCCCUUUAAGGGGAAGCAUGCCCCCCCCCCCCCCCACCUUUGUAAUGAUGUCGCAAACCCCAGCUUGUCUUCGGCACCCAGCUGAGAGUGAUUUUGUUUCUGUUUGUUUUCGUCCUUCCUCACAGGAAAUAACAAGAGGGAUCUUUUGUUCCGGUGCUGUAUUGUUUUGACUUUCAUACGUAUGGCAUGAUAUUAUCUCUGCCUCAUACUUGAAGGUCAAGCAAUCAAUUAUAUUGACGAAUCGAUGGAGUCCAAACCGGCCGCGGGCUGAGAGGGUGCCCCGGGGCAUCGAUCGGCCGUGUAUGCCGCUGGCCUCCGCCUGCGUCUUUGUCCCGUUUGCUGUUGGUUCUCCUGGGGCCCAGCAGCGCCUGUUGUUCUGUUCCCAACCACCCGUGCUGAGCUGAAAGAUCUCGCUGAAAGAUCUCACCUGUGGAGCGUUACAGUGGUUAGAUGCAGGGUAGGUUCUGCAAAUACAAGUUUCCCUGGCCGAGGGGAUCAGCUCGCUCCUGUAUACUGUAGGCAGCUUGUGGCGUAGUCGAAUAUUUAAUUCAUGAUUUUUUUUUUUGUUAAUAUUGUGGGGGAGGCGCUCAGGCUUAGUAGCUUCAGUAAAAAGAAACCCAGGCACCUUUGCAGAUGUGCAAUAUUCUGAAAUUAAAACAUGACAAUGGUGCCAUCUAGUGGUGUUUAAAAUUAUAGACUGUGUCAUUCUGUCUUAACUCCCUUUUUGUCAGUCUGUGCUGCUUUUAUUCAUCUGCUUCAAAUCCACUUGUAAUGUUCCUAUUAAGUCUUUGAGCAAUUCUAGUUCACCGUAAUGAGGUGCACAAUAUAGAAAUAAACUGAAUUCAAAUGAA